GGGAAAUGAAAACGAAAGAAAGAUAAUCCUUACAGGCACUGUCCGCAAAAUAUGGUCUGAUUGGAUGAGGCAAGGACAGUGGUUAAUUCCAACAGCGACUUCACUUUCGGACAAACGAAGAAGAACUUCUUGCUGAUGACGUUACAUGAGAGGGAAACAUAAACGGAACUGAAGUUGAAUUGCUCGUCCUCCUUGUGUAACUGAAGUCGAAAAGAAGAAGAAGAAGAAGAGGUAGAGGAGAAAAAAACACCUUUUCACAUAAAAAUGCAGAGAGCUUCACGUUUGAAGAGAGAACUUCAGAUGCUGAGCACAGAACCACCUCCAGGUAUCACAUGCUGGCAGACCGAAGAACGCAUCGACGACCUGCGUGCUCAGAUAAUUGGUGGCGCAGGAACUCCGUAUGAAGGUGGAAUCUUUUCCCUGGAGGUCAAAGUCCCAGAGAGAUAUCCAUUUGAGCCUCCCAAAAUGCGAUUUACGACUCCCAUCUACCACCCAAACAUUGACUGUUCAGGACGUAUCUGUCAUGAUGCCCUCAAACUCCCACCAAAGGGAGCCUGGAAGCCCUCCCUAAACAUCUCCACAGUUCUUACCUCCAUCCAACUUUUGAUGGCUGAACCGAAUCCAGAUGACCCUCUCAUGGCUGAUAUAGAUGACUUGCAUUUUUUGGAAUGUAGGCAUCAGAGUUCAGAUACAACAAGCAGCUGUUCAUGCAGAAGGCCAGGAAAUGCACAGAAGAACAUGCUGUUCAGAAGUUCACGACAAUUUUGGAGAGCAGCCAAAAGAGUGUACUGGAGAAUGCAUCAUCACGCAAAAGAGAAGCUUCUGGUGCACAGCAGGAGAGCGGCAAGCUUGCAAAGAGAACAUGUGUGUAGUAACAGCCACCUUGGUUAAAGCCACACUUUGCUUCUGAGAAACAUACAUUUUGCAGUUUAUUUGCAUUAUUUUAAUUAGGUAUUCAUUUAGUCAUAUGUACCCUGUGAUAUAGCUACGUAUGUACAGUAUAUGCAUGUUUGUUUUAAUAAAAAACAUUUUUUUAAUACAAACUAU